AUGAGUCGGCAGCUGAACGCCAGAGUGGGAGGUUGCAGCAGGGGCUUCAGCAGCGUCUCUGCGAUUGUUUCCAGUGGGGGCAGAUCCAGCUGCACCUCUCUGAGCCGAGGAAGAAGUAGACACUGUGUCUUUGGCAGCAGAAGUCUCUACAAUCUAGGCGGGAUUAAAAGCAUUUCCAAUAGCUUGAUUGGUGGAGGCUGGAGACUCAGCGGUGGUUUUGGUGGUGGAUUUGGCACUAGUGGUGGGGCUGGUGGCUUUGGUGGUGGUGGGUUGUUCGGUGGAGGAGUUGGUGGUGGGAGGAGUAGCCCUGGGUUCCCCUUUUGCCCGCCUGGUGGCAUCCAAGAAGUGACCAUCAACCAGAACCUGCUGGUGCCACUCAACCUGGAGAUCGACCCGGAGAUCCAGAAAGUGCGAGUGCAGGAGAGGGAGCAGAUUAAGACCCUCAACAACAAGUUUGCCUCCUUCAUCGACAAGGUCCGAUUCCUGGAGCAACAGAAUAAAGUUCUGGAGACCAAAUGGAACCUGCUGCAGCAGCAGCCCACGUCAAAUGCGGGGAACAACCUGGAGCCCGCCUUGGAGGCCUACAUUGGCAGCCUAAGGAAGCAUCUUGAUAGCCUGGUGGGGGAGAGGGGAAGGCAGGACUCGGAACUGAAGAACACGCAGGAUCUGGUGGAGGACUUGAAGCACAAAUACGAAGAGGAAAUCAACAGGCGCAUGGCAGCGGAGAAUGAGUUUGUGCUGCUGAAGAAGGACUUGGAUGCUGCCUACAUGAAAAAGGUGGAGAUGGAGGCCAAGGUGGCUUCCAUGACAGAUGAGAUCAACUUUCUGAGAGCCCUGUAUGAGGCGGAAUUGGCACAAAUGCAAAGACAGAUCAGUGACACCAGCGUUAUCUUGUCUAUGGACAACAACCGAGCCCUGGACCUGGAUGGGAUCAUUGCUGAGGUGAAGGCUCACUAUGAAGACAUGGCCAACAGGAGCCGAGCUGAAGCCAACUCCAUGUACCAAGGCAAGUUUCAGGAGCUUCAGGUCACUGCUGGGAAACACGACGAUGAUCUGAAAAACUCCAAGCUGGAGAUAUCGGAGCUGACCCGGCUGAUCCACAGACUGCAGGCUGAACUUGAAAAUGUGAAAAAACAGUGCGCCAAACUGCAGUCGGCUGUUGCCGAGACAGAGGAAUGUGGGGAGCUUACCCUCAAGGACGCUAGGGAAAAGCUGGUUGAAUUGGAAAUGGCCCUGCAGAAAGCUAAGGAGGAGAUGGCUCGUUUGCUGCGUGAUUACCAGGAGCUCUUGAAUAUCAAGCUGGCCCUGGAUAUUGAGAUUGCCACGUACAAGACACUGCUGGAGGGAGAAGAAUGCAGGAUGUCUGGAGAGUGUGCCAGUGCUGUGAACAUCUCGGUAGUCAGCAGCGGCUCUGGAGGCGGGAGUGGGAUAAGCUGGGGAGGAGGCGGCGGUGGCGGGCUCAGUGUCGGCGGAGGCGGCUCCAGCUCUGGAAGCGGAAGAGGCAUUGGAGGAUACAGCUAUGGAGGCAGGGGAGGUAGUGCCUGUGUGAAAAUCAUAUCGACAACUUCUUCAAGCAAAAGAACCACCAUAUGCUAA